UAAACAACGCUAGUAAGUGUCUAAAUAAAAGCACAUUGCUGCUACAAAAUUAUUCAACUUCCCUUAUACAUUCUGGCUACAUAUUUUUGAGUAUUAAGUUAUAGUAUGCACAUAGACAUAUUGAGGGAUGGGAUCAGAUCUAUUAUUCACAUGGCAUAGGGUUAAAGGGAGUGGGUGGCCUCUAUACAUAUUCGCCCUCCCUCCCAGCUUUCCGAAGAACUGCAGGUCUAGGAAACACAGAUCUCCAUUGUCUGCUGCUUUCUAAAACAGCUGGAUUUCCCCUCCUCCUCCUGACUGCUGAUCUCCCCUCCGCUUCCUCUUUUGUUUCAUACAUUCAGCAGAGCAGUCUGGCUGGGUGCAUGAGCGGCACAGCAUCCCCAGUGAAAGGAGCAUCUACACUGCAAGAGCUUUGUGCACAGCCAUUGGGCACUGAGGAAUUCACUCUAGCAUCCAUUCCUUUGCUCUGAUUACAAGCUGAUUCCCAGCCUGUGGAUUUUCUCUUUCUCCAGCAGCACAUGUGGUUGAAUGUCCUUCACCCACACAACAGUCAAGGUGUGAUCUGGACCGGACACCCUUUGCUGGCUUCUGCUGCCAUUUCUGUUCCCACUCUGGCAAGCUUUCUUCCUCCACUUUGUACCCUGUGGCUGCAGGGAGUGGCUGAUCACAGAGGCAGACUGCAGGGCUGGGCUGAUGCUGGGAUCCAUCUGCUAAGCUGGUGCCUUGGCUGCUGACACGUCAAGAGAAUGAUGGAAAUUUGCCACUCCACAAGAAGGAAAAAUGUUUGUGUGCUGGAGGUAUGCCACUGAACUGGACAUCAGAAUCAUCUCAUAGUCACUGAUUGGGAGACACCACAUGUGUUCUACAGGAUUGUAAAAAUGGACACUGCGCACAACCCAGUAGUUUGACGGUUAAAUGCUGAGUGACUCCCACAGUGUAUUGGGAAGACUGCUUGCCGGGGUGCAUAGACUGCUGAAAAUAUGCUGAAACCAAGCGGGCUUAAGAUUCCUGGGAGGGGAGCCAAACACUCCAGCCCAGUAGGUAGAUCUUCUGCAGGAACAAGUGUGACUGGCAGCACCAGUUCCAAAGAAGGUUCUCCUUUGCACAAACAGGGAUCUACCUCUUCAGCUUGUGGAGAAAAAUCAAGCUCAAAAUUCACAGAGGUUGGGGAUGAAUUUGCUGGAGAUUUUGAGGUUGGAGAGCGUGUAUGGGUCAAUGGAGUGAAGUUAGGAGUUGUGCAAUACUUGGGAGAAACACAGUUUGCACCAGGACAGUGGGCAGGAGUUGUAUUGGAUGAUCCUGUUGGAAAAAAUGAUGGAUCUGUAGGUGGAGUGCGCUAUUUUGAAUGCCAGCCAUUACAAGGGAUUUUUACAAGGCCAUCCAAACUGACCCGACAACCUGUGGCAGAUGGCACAGGGAGUGAUUCUCAUUCAGUAGAGUCAUUGACAACACAGAACUUGUCCUUGCAUUCUGGAACAGCCACCCCGCCUCUUACUACACGUAUUGUACCUUUGCGGGAAAGUGUCUUAAACAGUACCAUAAAGACGGGAAAUGAGUCAGGUUCAAAUCUUUCGGACAGCGGAUCAGUGAAAAAAGGUGAUAAAGAUCUGAGGAUUGGAGAUCGUGUUCUGGUGGGUGGAACAAAGACAGGAGUUGUGCGUUAUGUGGGAGAGACGGAUUUUGCAAAAGGAGAAUGGUGUGGAGUGGAGUUGGAUGAGCCACUUGGGAAAAAUGAUGGGGCAGUUGCUGGAACAAGGUAUUUUCAGUGUCCUCCAAAGUUUGGCCUUUUUGCUCCAAUUCACAAAGUCAUCAGGAUUGGCUUUCCAUCUACUAGCCCGGCUAAGGCCAAAAAAAGCAAAAGGAUGGCUAUGGGAGUAUCUGCCCUAACACACAGCCCCAGCAGUUCAUCCAUAAGCUCUGUGAGCUCUGUUGCAUCAUCAGUUGGAGGAAGACCCAGCAGAAGUGGUCUGCUCACAGAAACCUCAUCAAGGUAUGCACGGAAAAUCUCUGGAACUACUGCACUACAAGAGGCACUAAAGGAGAAACAGCAACAUAUUGAGCAACUACUGGCAGAAAGAGAUCUUGAAAGAGCUGAGGUGGCAAAGGCCACAAGUCAUAUCUGUGAAGUUGAGAAGGAACUCACGCUCUUAAAAACUAAACAUGAGCAGUAUGUAACUGAAGCAGAAGGUAAUCUUCAUCAUGCUCGUGCACUCGUGGAGACAUCACAGAAAGAAAAAACUGAGCUCCUUAACCAAUUGGAAGAGGAAAGAAGGAAGGUGGAAGAUCUCCAGUUCAGAGUAGAAGAAGAGUCCAUAACAAAGGGUGAUUUAGAGACACAGACGCAGUUGGAGCAUGCCCGAAUUCGGGAGCUCGAGCAGAAUCUACUGUUUGAGAAGGCAAAAACAUCAAAGCUUCUCAAAGAAUUAGAGGACAAGAGGUUAACAACUGUUGCUGAACAGUCAAGAAUUCAACAACUAGAAGAGGAGCUGAAUCUUCGUCGCAAUGAGAUUGAAGACCUUCAGCACUGCUUGUUGAGCUCUAGUCAAUCAGAAAUUCCAGAAAACAAUCUUGGUCUGCAGACUGAAGCAUUGCGUCUUCGAGACCAGCUCUUGUCUGCCAGUAAGGAAUACCAGAAGGAGAGCAGCCAGCAGAGGGACAAGUAUGAGAAAACUAUUAAAAAACACCAACAAGAGGUGGAAAAACUAAAAAGUGCAAAUGAAAAACAUGUCCAGGAGAUUACAGAACUAAAGAAGAAGCUUGAGCAGGCUACCAAGGAGAAUAUUGGAAUGAUGGAUAGCUGGAAGUCUAAAUUGGACAGCUUGGUUACUGAUCAUCAGAAAUCAUUGAAGGACUUAAAGGGCUCUCUGUCCACCAACCCUGACACACAACAUAAAGAGAUAGUGGAGCUUAAAGCACACUUGGAAAGUCUAAAAAUGGAGCAUCAACUUGAAAUUGAGAACCUGAAAGCCAAGAAUGAAAUUGACAUAGCAGUUCACAUUAAGGAGAAGGAAAACCUGAAGACGAAACUGCAGGAAAUAAGAGAUGAAGUGGAAGAAAGCAAUAGCAACUGGAAAGCACAGCUGGAGUCAAAAACAAAUCAGCACCUCAAAGAACUUCAGGAUAUUAAAGACAAAUGCAGAGAAGCAGAACUUAGAGUGUGUGGACUAGAAAAGUUACAAAGUGAAUAUAGUGAUCAGACACAAGCUAUUUCCUUCCUAAAAGAGCAAAUAUCAAGUGCAGAACAAAAAAUGCAGGAGCAUGACACCCUUCAGAAAUCGGAAAUACGAAACAAACAGGAGAUCCAGAGGCUGCAGGAGACACUUCUGGUCUUGGAAAAUAAAUUACAGUCUAUGGAGUCUCAAAAUGCUAACAUGAUUGAGACACAUGCCAUUUCGGAAGAGAAGAUAAAAAUUAAGAAUACUAUAGAAGAUCUACAAGUCAAACUCAGUAAGCGGGACAAAGAAGUAUCAACAAUUACUUCUCAUAUCGAAGCACUAAAAGCUCAGGUCAAUGCACUAGAAAUUAAAUGCAAAUCAGGAGAAAAGAAGAUUGAUGCUUUAGUGAAGGAGAAUAAAAAACUGGAAGCAGAACUAGAGGCUUUUUGUAGGAAGUCCCAUGAUUCCUCCGGGCAGUUUGUUAUGAUCAGCCAAGAUUUACUUAAGAAGGAGAGAAGUCUUAAUGAAUUGAGAGCUCUGCUUCUAGAAGCCAGUCGCCACUCUCCAGGACCAGAGAAAGAUUUGAGCCGAGAAGUUCAUAAAGCAGACUGGAGGUCAAAGGAGCAAAAACUCAAGGAGGAAAUCAAAAUAUUAAGAGACAAGUUAAUUAUUGUGGAUAAAGAGAAGCCUGGAUCAGAACAAAGGCGCUACUCACUUAUUGAUCCCACAACAGAGUCAGAAGUUCUGCGGUUACAGCAUCGUUUAAUCAGUACAGAAGAUGCCCUGCGGGUUGCCCUUGAUCAGGGUCAACAAAUGGAGAAACUAAUAGAGGCCAUGAGAAUUUGUGCUGAUAAGUCACAGAUUACUGGAAACUCAGCUUCCGCCAAUGGGAUUCAUGAACAGGAUGGAGCACACAAAGAAGAGGAAAAUCACUGAAAUCGAGGACUUUAUUAAGUAUGGGAAAAAUCCUCUUUGGUGGGCCUAAAAACUUCCAAAUUACUUUAAGCAGUGUUUUCAUUUAAGACAAAACAGUGUUGAUAAGCUACAGCGCUAUAAGUUAUCUCUCUAGGACAAUCAUUUGGACGGCACCAGUUGAUGGACUUCAGGAAGCAAAUUGUUUCUCUUCUAUCCCAGAAUCUUCAAUUAUUUCUCAUGUAAUAAGUCAGUUAACUUAAUCAUGCAGUGUCUAGCCUGGAUUUGGCCAGUUAUUUUUGUUUCGUUGAUUUACUCUGCUAAAGCUUUUGGGGCUAGAGCCACUUUGGAAGGCCAAUAUUUACCAUAAGAUUUAUGUGUAGGUGAAAUGUUUAAUACUAGAGGCACAAAUGAAACUAUGACAGUAGAUGUUUUACUGAAUCUGAAUACAUAAAGAUGGCACGGCAAAGGCUUGGAUUGAACAUCAUAUAUCCUGCAGAAGGAGCUCAAGUAUUUCUGUGCAUUGGAACAUUCUAAACCUGCACAGUGAAGUCAGCACAGACCCAAACUCAUCAUGAAAGAUAUAUUUUUUUUUAAUAUGAAAACAGUAUUUGAUAAAAAUGGUACCUAUAAAUCUUUUUUUUUAAUUGUAAAUAGCCCUUGUUUUUGUUAUGGCAGCCACAGGUUGACUAUGAUGAUGGUCUACAAACACUAUAUAUGACUCAUAUACUUGUUACAGAUGAUGCAAGUGUAGGUAAAUAGCAAGCCCAUCUCUGGUUAGUUCUGGGUAGAGUGAUUGGCUGUAGUUUUAAACUGACCCAUUUAAGCCCAGUAAAACCAUAUAAACACUGUACGUAGCCACUCAUAAAUAUCUGAUUAAUGCAUAAUCUUGCAGAAACCUUUACUAAAACUAUGAGAAUUUAAUGCUAAAUCUAGACUCUAUAGAAUUGUUUUUUUUAGAAUGAUAAAAUAUGCCUUUUAAUUAAUGGAAUAUCUUAUUUAUUCAAAGGGGGCAAACAUGCCUGAAGAUGCUCAGUUUGCAGAUUACAUUGUAAGGAUUGUCUUAAACAGGCUGUAUAUGAAAUGAUCAUGAUAGCAAAUAUCACACUGAUAGGUCUUCACAAACCCAGACCUUUUGUGUCUCAAAGGGAAACUAAUCCUGUUAUAUGUUUUUAUAUUAAGGAGGAACGUGUUGUAACAUUAAAGGAGUUUUAUGAAAAUUACCUAUAGACAGUACCUGCAGCAUCAUAAAACAAAAUGAACAAAGACUUUGUACAAUAUGUUUUAUUUUAAAGGUUUUCCCUUUCAAUAGAAAGUAAAGUAUGAUGGUGUAGCUUAUGGUGGGCACAGAACAUAUUAACCCCCCAUAUUUGCAGUAAUACAUACAUAAAAUAUACUCUAGACAAUUGCAACAGCGCCAUCUGUUUGUGACUAUUAGGGUUGCAGUUGUUAUAGUCUGCAAAGAAUUGUAGAUUACUGAAUGAACAAAUGUUCUGUGCACAGUAUAGAAUACACUUUUAUAUUUACUGUCUAUAGGGAAAUAGAAGGCACACCCUGCUCUGAAAAAAAGUGUAUAUUUGCCCUUAAACUUAUUGAUGUUUUGGAAAUGUUACAAUGUUACAUGUAUAAAUGUUGCAACACAAUCUUUUAUAUAUUAAAAAUUUUAAUUUAGGCA